UACAUGCAUCGGCAAAGAUUCGGCAUGUUCGACUCCUCAGACGAAAAAGAUUACAUUCGUUAGCGCUGUUACAGAAAUACAGCAUUUCUUCAAGAUGGCUAGUCUUUUAUGGAGUAAAGGUACCUUACUCUGCGUAUGUGGACCAUCGUUUCAGAUUCUUUGCCAAAGUGCCGAAUCGAGUGGACAUGUUGUGUACAGAGAAACCCACAGAAGACCUGGGCAACUUUCCCUAUCACCGAUGACCCAGGAGACAGGUUUGUCAAGACAACAGUCCAAACCAGUAGAAGAACCAACUGAAGAAAUCACAAGCCAAGAAGGUGAUCCCAGCCAUUCUGCAACAGGCACAAUUCUAGCCUUUUGCUUCUCACCAAGUGGACGAUACUUGGCACUGUGUGAUGAUCACAAGAUACUCUCCUUGUAUGACACCCAAGAUUGGCAUCUGCUCAGCAACAGGGUGACACUAAAGCGAUGCAUGGCUGUAGCCUUCAACAAUGCAGAGAACAUAUUGUAUGUUGCAGAUAAAUUUGGAGAUGUCCACAGUUUCUCAGUGACGGAACCUCAAAGCGACGGAAGUCUCAUUUUAGGUCAUUUGUCAAUGCUGUUGGACAUGGUGGUGUCACCAGAUGACAGGUACAUCUUGACUUCUGAUAGGGAUGAGAAGAUUCGUGUCAGUUGUUUGCCAAAUGCCUACAACAUCCAUGCCUUUUGCCUUGGCCACACAGAAUUUGUCAGUAAAAUAGCCAUCUUGCCAGGCUUGGAGAAUACCCUUGUCACAGGUGGUGGGGAUGCAACUCUCCGGUUCUGGGACUACAGACAAGGGAAGCAGCUAUCAUGUGUACACCUGCAACCUGUGAAUGAGACAAGCAGUGAAGAACAGCAGCUGAUUGUCACAGGGAUCACUUGCUGCCGGAGACACAGGCUGGUUGCUGUCACAAUCCUAGGGUCACAUUGUAUUUGGCUGUUCCGUGUGACAUCAUCUGAAGGAGACAGCUUACUAGUGGAAAGACUGCCAUCGCUUGAUGUUCAGGCUGUUUGUUGGUCAGCAUGCUUUGAUGGUCAGGACCAUCUCUGGAUACUCAGGCAACUUGAGUCACAACCAGUGGAGGUUUAUUCAGUCGUUGAGUCACAUGAAGGUUUCUCACUACUGGCUGUUGAUGAAUCAGAGGAAAACUCCAGUUUGACAAGCAUAGUGAAAGACCUGAACAUGGAUUGGAGCUUUUUCCAAGGGGCUGUCAACACACCAAGCCUGUAUACUAAUCUGUACAAGAAAAGCUUCGACAAUACACAGGCGUACUUGAAACGGAAACAGCAAAGGAUAAAGGACCAACAAGAGAAGAAAAGUAUGAGGAAGAAUAAGACGCAGUGGUCUCCGGUGGGAAAGAGGGCAAGAUUAAAACAGGACAAGGAGAGCAGCAGAUGAUUCCCAGAUUUGGACAUUGAAAAGCUGACUUGGAAGUUGAGCAAUGGAAAAAAAUGAUUCUGUGAAUCUUUUGUUGUCAAAGAAAAUUUGACAGAUGUAGGAGUGGAACAUUAACAAUCUGGAAAUGCAGUUAAGCUGUACCAACGUAGCUAUCCAAGUACAUUCUGAUUUAAAUGUGCUGAGUUCCCCUUGAAGUUUAUUUUGUCCAAAGGACGUAAGCACGCUUGAUCACAGCAGAAAAAAUGUUGCUGGCAAAUGGGUUUAAGAAACGCAUUGUCUUUAUUACAAUUUUAGUAAAAACGGGUGAAGUUUACUACAAAUCAACAUAGGCUGUUCAAAAGGCAACCUUUGAACAACUUAUUAAACGACUCGGGAACAUUUUGCAAAGAAAUAUUUAUUUUUCAUUAAAAUAAAACAAUUGCGUACAUACGUCCUUUUGCCGCGAAAAAUAUUUUUUUAGUGAUCGUGCUUCCCAGCAGGUCGUAAGUGGUUACGUCCUUCCAGGCAAUGAACGAUUUGAACAUUAACCUCAACCAGCUGGCAGAUGCUUGGGAGAUUAAAUGUGCAUUUGACCUCUACAGAUAUCAUCACUUAAAUAUAUUUUCAAUAUUUAAGGCAUGGAUUUUGUUGGACUGCCUGGUGACUUGGGACAUAAGUUGGAAGUAUGGACAAAGGGAAUUCCCAGGUUAGUCAACAGAGGACAAUAAGUUUGAUAGAUGGAGUCAGGGAUGAGUGGUCAGUAAUAGUGGUUAAAUAUCUUAAGAAUGUUGUACAAAGAUUGAACUCUGAAAGGCUCGAUAGAAGGGUCAUUCUAUAAAGUAAGGGUCCAAAAGUGUGACAUUUUUGUGUCCCUGUCACACCUGACCCGUGUAAUUUGA